AAACCCAUUCAUUUUCAAUCCUCAACUCAAACAAACAAAAUGGACACACCAAAACAAAGAUCGAGAAAAUGUCUCAAAAUAUGUUGCGGCUUAAUGGUUGCACUAAUCGUCAUUUUCAUCAUUGUUUCUAUCAUCUUGUAUUUCACAGUCUUUAAACCGAAAGACCCACGGAUCACCGCCCACCCGACAAAACUUGAAAACGUGCAAUUCCAGCUCAUACCAAAUGUAAGCAUAAAUGCAACCCUAGUUUUAACAUUAACGAUUGAUAACCGUAAUUAUGGAGGGUUUAAGUUCAAGGACUCCAUUGCAAAUGUUUAUUACCGAGGAAUGUUAAUAGCUGAGGUCCCUGUUGAGCAUGCACAAGUUCCAGCUCGUGGUAGUUUUACCUUGACUACAUCUGCGAAUAUUACAGGGGGUAAAAUGGCAACAGACCCUAAUUUUUACAGUGAUAUAGGUUCUGGUUGGCUUAAUUUUACCUCGACUUCAACAAUGUAUGGGAAGGUUACUCUUUUGAAGAUAAUUGGGGUUAAAGCUAAAGUUGAUAAUUUGUGUGAUAUCUCUGUCGACAUUUUGAAGCUAGAAGUUGAUCCCAAAUGUCAUUCCAAAGUGGAAUUCUAAGAAUCGAUUUAAAUUUCUGUUGAUGUAUAUAUGUAUAUAUUUCCUUUGUAUUCAGUGAGUAUAUUAUAUUGUUUUGUUUUAAGUUGAUAGAGUAAAAUCAGAAUUCAGAAAAGAUACAAGUGGCAUCGAUAAAAUACAUUGAAAGACAAUAAGAGUUGUGGCAUUAUCAGUAUCACAUGCAUCAUUGCAAAGUUACAACAGGAAGAAGGCAAUGUUUGAACCUCAAAACUGCAUAUAAAUUAAAAGGCUACUACAUGAUGAAGAUGGGUAAUUCCACAGCCAAUUUGUGGCUAAAGCGGAUUGAUGAUGAAAAAAAGGUCUCUUCCUUCGUUACUAAUUAUUAACUGCUUUAAAAUAAUUACUCAUUUUCUUGAACCACAGAAGGAGAUGUCACCGGUUGUAGGUUUGGGAAUUUUGGAGGCAAACUGAAAA